GGGCAAAGCGGCUCCCGCAGCCGCUCGGGGCUGGGGCUCGGCGGGGGUGUGCGGGGAGGUAGCGGGGCAAGGGUUGGCUCGGAGCCUCGGCGGUGCUUUGGGCAGCUCCCAGCGAUGUCUUCAGGCUUCGGAUAAAAAGCCUUUUCCGGGUGUCGUGCGCGUUGUGGAUGAGCUGUGGAGUGACCUUAACUUUGGUUCGAGCAGUGACCUUAACUUUGUUUUGGUCCCUGUCUGGUUCGCUCUGCAGCUAGGUAACCAUGGCAGGUGAUGACUGUGUAAGGAAACGCCAGGCUGGCUCCACUGCAACCUCCAAGACCCCUGAGAAUGAAGAAACAACGAGGAGACCUGAGAGCGAGAGGUCCUUUCAAAACUCAAGCAAUGGCUGGGUUGACGUGGACCACGUGAUAACGAGGAAAAUGCAGCUCAUAGCAGAAGCUGAGCAACUGAAGCCAGCUUUCAUGAAGGAGGUGGACAGUCACUUCACAGAGUUCGUGAACAGCUUGGUUGCAAAAUCGGCACUCCUGGAUUCCUCAUCUCCAGCCUCCCUCUUCCCAGCUUCCUGUGCAGAGAAGGAACUGCACAAAGCCAAGAAUUCAAGGGCCCCUCCAGAACACGGGAAAAUCUUUACUGCAAGGAGGUCCCUCUUGGAUGAGCUGUUUGAAGUGAGUCACAUCAGGACAAUCUACCACAUGUUCAUCGCUCUUCUCAUUGUCUUCAUCCUCAGUACACUUCUAGUAGACUUCAUUGAUGAAGGAAGGCUGGUCCUUGGAUUUGAUCUCCUGGUCUUCGUUUUUGGAAAGUUCCCAGUUGUCUUCUGUACUUGGCUGUGCAUGUUCAGUGCCACAGUAGUUGUUCCAUACAACCUUUUUGUGUGGUGGGCCCAAGGCUAUUCCAGUUCCUCCCAUCGUGCAAUCCACUCUUUCUUCUAUGGGAUGCUGUUUACACUCUUCCAAAUAGCUGGGCUUGGGUUUGGACCAACCUAUGUUGCUGUAGCCUAUGCCCUGCCUCCAGCUUCCCGCUUCAUUGUAAUCCUGGAACAGGUGCGUCUUGUUAUGAAGGCUCAUUCCUUCAUCCGGGAGAAUGUACCCAGAGUCCUGUCCUCAGUGAAGGACAAGUCUGGCACAGUACAUAUUCCCAGAAUUUCUCAGUACCUGUACUUCCUCUUUGCACCCACCCUCAUCUACAGAGACAACUAUCCCAGGAAUCCCACGAUAAGAUGGGGCUAUGUAGCUACCAAGUUUGCACAGGUGCUUGGCUCACUUUUCUAUGCCUACUACAUCUUUGUGAGACUCUGCAUUCCUCAGUUUCGCAACAGUAGUCAGGAAACCUUCAACCUUCGAGGGCUGGUCCUCUGUAUCUUCAACUCCAUCCUGCCAGGUGUACUGAUUCUGUUCCUGGUGUUCUUUGCGUUCCUUCACUGUUGGCUCAACGCGUUUGCCGAGAUGCUGCGCUUUGCAGACAGGAUGUUCUACAAGGACUGGUGGAAUUCCACAUCCUAUGCAAACUACUACAGAACCUGGAAUGUGGUAGUACAUGACUGGCUCUAUUACUAUGCCUACAGGGACUUCCUUUGGUUUUUUGGGAAGAAGUUCAGAGCAGCAGCCAUGCUGUCUGUCUUCGCCGUGUCAGCUGCUGUGCACGAGUAUGUCCUCAGCAUCUGCUUUGGCUUCUUCUAUCCAGUUCUCUUCUGCCUGUUUACAUGCUUUGGAGUGGUCUUCAACUUCACCCUGAAUGACCGUCGGAAAGGGCCCUUCUGGAACGUGAUCAUGUGGACUUCCCUCUUCCUGGGCCAAGGUGUCAUCAUCUGCCUCUACAGCCAGGAGUGGUACGCCCGCCAGUACUGCCCCACGGAAAAUCCCACAUUCCUGGACUAUUUAAAGCCACGCUCGUGGUCCUGUCAUGUGAAGAUGUGAAAAUGGGGUGCUCUGGCCAUGGCAUCACAGAAAAACAGAGGUGUCCUCCAAGUAUUUGGACCAGUGAUCUAACUUACUACAGACUUUUUCUAAGGGAAGUUGGGCCUCCUCAUUAUUGGGGAGAAACUGUAAUUUUUUUAAACAUUGCUGGAGCAAACCAGUUGACCUGGAUUGCAACAGACUUCAAAGGCAGCAUCUAUAACAUGCUGUCCCACUUUGAGCCAUUUCCAUGCCAGUAAAACAUUGAGCUGAAGGUGGAGUCUACUGGAAUCCUACUCAUCCAGGGAUUCCCCCAAGCUGCUGCUUUUCUGGACAAGAGGCAAGCUAGUCAGAUUUGCUGGUAGCUCAUUGUUGGUAUCCGUCCAUCUUUCUUAGCCAUCGUUUGCAAUUUUUUUUCUCCUUUUUGGUAAUGGGAUGUCUACAAAACUUCCAUUCUUCACGAUCCUGCCUGCCACUGUGACCUGGACAAGUGGCAGAGCAACAGGGUGUUUGCCUCCUUGCUCUGAAGGUGGCCACAGUUUUCCUGGCUGGCUUCAAACUGCAUCCUGUGUAUGCCAACAGAUAUAAAAUGGGUGGAGGAAGAGGGAUUGUCACUGUGCUGAGUAAGGUGCAGAAGCAGGGCAUGGUGUGUGCAGUCUUUAUAUGACUUUUUACACCAAAAAUUUGUUGCUCUGUAUUCAUUUAGUUCCCAACUGCCUUACAGCAUUUUUCUUCUCUGGAGGCCCUUGAUGACUUGAGGAGUAAUUUUUCUUCUUGCUCUUCUUUUCUCUUAUUCUAGGUAAUCAGUUAUUUUAACAUGAUUAACUUGUAAAAGAGCUUUUGCUUUAAUUUGGCAGGUGCUUUAAGGUACACAGGUUCUUAAGGGUUUCUUUACUAAGAAAAACUUGAAAUAAUAUAACCAAACUGUAAGAAAAUGGGAUCAACUUUACAGGUGCAGAGCAUGAUCUUGUUUGAAAUGUGCAGUUCAGUGUGCCAGCACAGCACACCUUGCCCAUGUGUAUUGGAGAAGUUUCUAAUGCUGCUGGGGAAAGAGGAUUGGCCCAGAGCUGCUUUGUCACCUGCCUGUGUCUGCCCUGACAUCAGAGGGGCCUUCAGGUGGAGAUCAGCCUCCUGGGUACAGCUCUCUUGGUGAAGAGGUAGGACAUCCUCCCACACACACACCAAUAAAGGCAGGGGCCCUGUGUGAGUUUGGUGUUCCCAUAGCAAUGAAUCAGAGUUCCUUCAGCUCCCUUGUUCUGUCAGGUGCUAAACAGAACAGGGAACUUGCACAGUGUCUGGGUACAGAUCGCUCCAGUUUUACUGGAACUGUAGCUCCCAUUCUUGGGGACAGGGUCACCUGAUGGACAUACCUUAACUGUGGUGAAGAGAUACAGAACUUUGGUGACAAAUAUGUUAGAAUUACUCAAACAUUAUCAGAAACUGCCAAUUGAGAACAGCAUAUCCUUACUACCUACAGCCCUGGGUAUUUCAUACCAGCAGUAUUGGCACCAUUGGUAGACUUGUCUCCCAAGCCACUUCAGACUCUCCUUUGGGCUUUCACUAACUUCAGUCAGAGGUAAUUUCAUGAAUGCUAGGGAAUACUUCAACUCCUCCAAGUCUUCAGUAAGAAGGAAUCAUGCUCUUGGGAAAGGACAUUGUACCAGGUCAAAUUUGCCAAAUAGUGUUUCUGUGUGAGGUUCUCCUCUGACAACACCUCCUGCUCAAAAUUGCUUGAUGAAACUGUUGAAGUAAUUUCAGAGGAACUAUAUGCUCAAAUUUGGCAGUAUUUAUAUAUAAAAUCCUGACAAUUAAAUGGAUUACUUUAUCAUCAUUCAGACUGAGUAACCUGAAAUCUUUCACCAUACCUUUUGUGGGAGGAGAGAAUAGAAGUUCUGAAACAACUAAGCUUCUUUAUUGAAAAAACAGUCAAAAAUACAAAAAACCCCACCUUUUGGCCAAACAGCUGUGUCACCUCCUCAGUACAGGAUGAGAUUCAGUCCAAUUCUUUUUUGUUUGGUGCUCAGAACACUUACAGAGGUAGCUGCACUCAAAGAGGGUGGGAUGGAUUAGGGACUUGGUUUGCUAUCUUGAAAACCCAUGGCAGGUCUUGAUAAAGUUUCAGUGUUUUCAAAAAGAGACCAAAGGAUGGCACUUUGUGCCCUGUUUUGGUGUUUCCCUCACACCUGGCACUGUUGUGUGCCCAGAAGGAAUAUCAGCAUUUACUGUGUCAGCAUCAUCACUGUUUGAAGCCUGAGGGCUUGAGCAUCUGGCAAGCUAAAGGCAACCAGAAAGGGAUGCUCAGCUGUUGGAACUAGUCUUAGUUUUUGACAAGUUGAGGUUUUCAGCCUUGUAGAUCAAGGCAUCUGGCAACCGUGCUGUCAGGGCAUUAACAAUUUGAUUACUUUCAAUUUUGUGAGGUUUUUUAAUUGCUUUUGAAUGUGGGCUUAUUUUCAUUUUUCUCAAGAGUGCUGGAGGGGAAAUACUAAGUCUUUUGCACAUUGCUUAUUUAACUAAAAGUCAAUUACACCACGUUUGAGUUUCUUAGACUGCAAAUGCCAGAGCACUUAACCAGAACAGUGCAAUGUUCUGGUCAGUGGUGAGGAUGUGAAGGUUCCCAACCUGCCCAUUAUGAGCUCUUAAUAUAAUGUAAUAUAAUAUAUACUGUUUUCUGUGGUUCUUUCCAACACAAGAACUGUGCAGCUUGCUUCCAUGGUAACUCCCUCAGCUGGGAGGUGGGAAGCCUCCAGCUUUGGAAUGGCAGCCAGUACAGCUGCAGCUUCUUGCUCAAUAACCUCACGAAAAUCAGUGUUACUCCAGCAAAAUGCAUCCUGGGGUUUUCAUGCAGAAAACUCUGUUCCUGGGAAGACCAAAGCUCUGUGGAGUCCUCAUGCCUAGUUUGUUCUUUCUGUUGGGGUGUGUGGCUGCCAGCUGUGGGAGUGAAGCAGUCCUGGGUCUGAGCUGUAAGCUCUGUGCUCUCCUGUGACAUCUGUCUGAGGUGUGCUGUGGGGGGAGCUGGGGGAAUUCCUGCUGGAUUUGUUCAAUAAGAUAUUGCUCGGAUUGCACCCGGCCACCUUUUGAAGGCAAACUGAACUGCUUGAGCUCCUGCUUCCAAACGCAGGUGUGCCAGAGGAACAGCACAUUCCAGGAGUUCACGUGCUCUGCAGCAUCAGAACCUGCUCCCCACAGACCUCCCUGCCAGCCUCGCCUUGUCCCUUCUCCAGGAGCCCCCAGCCGUGGUGGCCCGUCCCUGGCUGUGGCAGGGGCCACCCCAGCCGUGGUGGCCCGUCCCUGGCUGUGGCAGGGGCCACCCCAGCAUUAGCCCUGGCGCUGGCACCAGCUGUUUCAAGAUGUAACCUGUACAUGUUCUGUCACGUACAAGAGCUGUUUAUAAUCUACUGUAUUACAGCAGUUAAAAAUAUUUUGCUAUUAGGGGAGGAAGAUAAA